AAUCCCUCCCCAUUUUUAGUGUGAUUUUUGGCCAUUGAGAGAGAGAGGAGAAAAUUAUUAUUUUGUGUUACAAGUUAUUUUUCUAAAGUGUUAGAAAUAUACACAAAAUAUUAUAAAGAAAUAUUUAUAAGAUAAAUAUUUUACUAUAUAUUUAUUACUCCCAAAGUAGUAUUAUUAUAGUUUUUACUAUCCUAAAUUAAACUUGCUAGCACAAGUUUAAUCUAGGACUCCAGAGCAAUGUUGCGAAACUCAACAUCCUCCGGGAGGAUGGUGAAGUGGGGAAUGAUGUUAACUCAAUUCAACAUUGAGUACCAGCCAAGAUCAGCAAUCAAGGGACAUGCCCUUGUAGAUUUCCUGGUGGAAAUGACCGGUCUAACUUCAGACCUACCAGUCAACAAGCCCACGGAGCAAUGGUGGGAGAUGGCAGAAGACGGGGCAUCUCGUCCUAGAGGAUACGGGGGUGGUAUAGUGUUUACCACCCCAGAAGGGUUCAAGAUCUACCAUGCACUCGUCUUCAACUUCAAGCGGACGAACAAUGACGCAGAAUAUGAAGCUCUAGCUGGAGGGCUCAGGCUUGCUCAAGCUCUCAAAAUUAGCAGGGUCAGCAUCAAAUCUGACUCUAUUCUGAUUGUUGGGCAGGUGACCGGUAGCAUGGAAGCAAGGGAAGGACGAAUGGCGCGAUACAAGGACCUGGGGCUUGCCUUGUUGAAAGGCUUCGAGGAAUUCAAGAUUGCCCAAAUUCCCUUGGCAGAAAACGCAGAUGCAGACCUUCUCUCCAAAUUGACGCAGUAUGCUCCCGAGCAUGUUUCAAAACUUUCCCGGGUAGAAAUCCUUGACCAUGCAAGCAUUGAGAAAUUGGAAGUGGCCACUAUAGCAGCAGCCGACCAAUCUGACCGGUCAAACACGGUCGGGGCGGACGACCAUUGGAUGAGCGAACUUAUGAAAUAUUUGACAAACGGGGGCUUGCCAGAACAAGAUGACCGGGCAAGAAAAGUGAAGCUCAGGCCGCCCCGGUUCCAAGUCAUUGAUGGGAUGCUGUACAAAAGGGCAUUCAGAGGACCACUCUGUUAGACAAAUGUGCAACUCUAGAGGGGGGGUGAACAGAGUUGUUUUCAAGAAUGUGCGUUUUUCACGUGUGUAAAAUAAUAAAAUCGCAGGAAUAAAUAAAGAGAGUAAGG